UUCAUUUCGUGGGCGGAACCGAGCGCACGACGGCAGCAAAGCACCUCGACUCCCCACUUCCUCUGGCGCCGCCGCGCCCGCGCCCGCGCCCGCGCCCACGACAUUGGCGUCGCCACCGCCAACCUCAGAACCAAAGCUCGGCACCACCACCUUCCUGCAGAGCCUCUCACUGGCCAUGCGCUCGGGCGCGCGCUCCCUAUGAUCCCGGGCGCUCACCUACCUCCGCUCCGAGCAGUCCGGGCGCUCUCCGCCCAGCUCUGCCCGUCGCGGCAUCUCUGCAGCGGCGGUUCCAGAAACGGCGGCGAAAGUCCCCCUGUACAGAGCAAUGGUGAUGGAGUCCGUGAGGGAGAAGAGGUUGUGUCAGGCCUGGAUGCGGGCCGCUUCCCGCGGGAAAUGCUCCUCCGGCUGCCGCCGCCCGGAGGUCGGCCGGAGAGCGAUGACGGCGAAAAUUGUUCUCCUGGUCACGGUCAAAGGAGACAGUUCUUUGAGGAUGUGAGGCUGGAGGCAGACAGGAUCUUCAGGAUCCUGCUGCAGGACGGCCCGGGGUUCAGUGCCCGCCAGGCGCUCGAUGAAAUGCGCCCGAAGGUGUCCAACGCACUGGUGAGGAAGGUGCUGUUCAGGAUUGUGGUGUCCGUGGACAGUGUGAACCGUGAAAGGUACCCGAAGCUUGCGUACAAGUUUUUCGUGUGGGCAGGGCAGCAGGAGGGGUACCGACACGACACGAGCAUGUACAACCUGGUCAUGAAGGUUUUCUCUGAGUGUGGGGAGGUGAAGGCAAUGUGGCGGUUGUUUGAGGAGAUGGCGGAAAAGGGGCUGCCUGUCUCUGCCCGGACGUUCCACCUCCUGAUAUGCACAUCUGGGAAGGUUGGGUUGAGGCGGAGGCUGGUGGAGAGGUUCAUCAAGUUGAGUACUUUCAGCUACCGCCCAUUCAGGAAUGCGUUCAAUGCAAUACUGCACACGCUUCUGACAAUAGAGCAGUACUCGCUGAUUGAGUGGGUUCACGAGAAAAUGAUCCUCGAGGGGCACUCACCUGACGUCUUGACAUACAACAUAGUGAUGCGUGCAAAGUAUAUGCUUGGUAAGUUGGAUCAAUUCCAUCGUUUACUUGAUGAGAUGGGGAAAAAUGGGCUUACACCGGACCUCCAUACUUACAAUCUGCUGCUUCAUGUGCUUGGUAAGGGAGACAAACCCCUCGCAGCUCUCAAUUUGCUGAACUACAUGAGUGAUGUUGGAUGUGUACCAAAUGUGCUUCAUUUCACAAAUUUGAUAGAUGGUCUUGGCCGUGCUGGCAACCUAGAAGCUUGCAAGUAUUUCUUUGAUGAGAUGGUCAAGAAAGGUUGUGAACCAGAUGUUGUCUGCUACACUGUUAUGAUCACAAGCUAUGUGGCAGCUGGGAAAUUUGAGGAAGCCCAGAGGUUUUUUGAUGAUAUGCUGGUGAGAGGGCACCUUCCGAAUGUGUACACAUAUAAUUCAAUGAUACGGGGGCUUUGCACAGUAGGAGAGUUUGAUAAAGCAUUCGCGACGCUGAAGGACAUGGACUCACAUGGAUGCACACCAAACUUCUCAGUGUACAGUAGUCUAGUGAGUAGACUGCGUAACGCUGGGAAGGAUUCCCAUGCUAAUAAUGUCAUUAAGUACAUGACAGAUAAGGGUCAUUAUCUUCAUCUGCUGUCAAGGUUUGGGGGAUACAAAAGAUGCUGAGAUGAGAUGCUCCAUGAUUAGGGAUAGGGAUCGGUGCAACAUGGCAGUUUAAGUAUUAAAUAUUAUUCAAGUAAUUUUCAAGAUUCAGUUUGACCAGUCCUCCAUUACUUCUGAUGUUAAGAGAGUAUUCAUAUGAUACAGGU